ACGGCCAGGAUCCACACACACCCUGCCGAAUCCAACGCUCCAUAUUCCCAGUUGAAUCUCUCCUUACCUUCCCUUCCACUUUUUUCUUCCUCUAUGGCUCUAUCUCUCUGGUCUCACCUCUAACACAGCCCAUGUGCUCAAGUCUCAAACGUACGGUUCGUGCUUUUCCCAUUUCGGUUUCAUUUCAUUUCUAGGGUUUCAAUAUAUGGCGACAAUUGAACCUCUGAAACCAAUAAUUCCGAGAAAAUUCGCUUCAAAUUUGAAUCAUAACCCAAAGGACUGUUGCGGAUUGAGCUUGUUUCAUGGUCAAUCUAGGGUUUUUCACUACAAAUUCAGUCGGAUUAUAUGGAAUUCGGUUUCGUGCCGUUCAACCAAUACGUAUGUACCAGUUAGGGUUUCGAGGAAUCUGGAUUGGUUCGAUAUUCGGAGAAGCUUUCUGAGGAAUCAGGAAUGGCGGAGAGAGAGUAGAAUCAGAGCGAAUUGCCAGGACAGUGAUUCAAAGGCAAGUUCGAACGAAAAAAGCGAAGCGAAAACGAGUGAGGGUUCUAAGAGCUCGUCCAAUUCAAAUUCGAAAACGCCGCGGAGGGAGAAGCAAGGAAAAGGUGGGUGGUGGAAGGGAGGCAAGUGGCGGUGGCAGCCGAUUAUUCAGGCGCAGGAAAUUGGAAUAUUGCUUUUGCAAUUGGGAAUUGUUAUGCUCGUCAUGAGGCUGCUCAGGCCUGGGAUUCCGUUGCCGGGGUCUGAACCGAGGACGCCGACGUCAUUUGUUAGCGUUCCAUACAGUGAUUUUUUGAGUAAGAUUAAUAGUAAUCAGGUGCAGAAAGUUGAGGUUGAUGGAGUGCAUAUUAUGUUUAGAUUGAAAUCGGAACAGGGUAGUCAAGAGAGUGAAGUGGGAGGGAUGAGUAAAUUGCAGGAAUCGGAGUCGUUGAUUAGGAGUGUGGCUCCGACAAAGAGGAUUGUUUAUACCACAACUAGGCCGAGUGAUAUAAAGACGCCGUACGAGAAGAUGCUCGAGAAUGAGGUCGAGUUCGGUUCUCCGGAUAAGCGGUCCGGGGGCUUCUUAAACUCCGCACUAAUUGCAUUGUUCUAUGUUGCUGUGCUUGCAGGUCUUCUCCACCGAUUUCCUGUAAGCUUUUCUCAGCAUACAGCUGGUCAGCUUAGGAGCCGCAAGUCUGGUGCUUCUGGUGGAACUAAAGUCAAUGAACAAGGGGAAACAGUUACCUUUGCUGAUGUUGCAGGUGUUGAUGAGGCUAAGGAGGAGCUAGAAGAAAUUGUAGAAUUCCUCAGAAAUCCGGACAGGUAUGUACGAGUUGGUGCUCGCCCUCCUCGAGGUGUUCUCCUGGUGGGUCUUCCUGGGACAGGUAAGACUCUCCUAGCAAAGGCUGUGGCUGGGGAGGCUGAAGUGCCUUUUAUAAGUUGUUCUGCAAGUGAGUUUGUAGAAUUGUAUGUUGGCAUGGGAGCUUCCCGCGUGAGAGAUCUCUUUGCAAGGGCAAAGAAAGAAGCACCAUCAAUAAUCUUCAUUGAUGAGAUAGAUGCUGUAGCAAAAAGCCGUGAUGGUAGAUUUCGCAUUGUUAGCAAUGAUGAGCGAGAGCAAACCUUGAACCAGUUGCUUACUGAAAUGGAUGGAUUUGAUAGCAACUCUGCUGUUAUUGUUCUUGGAGCAACUAAUCGCUCAGAUGUCUUAGAUCCUGCACUUCGCCGCCCUGGGAGAUUUGAUCGUGUAGUUAUGGUGGAAACACCUGAUAGGAUCGGAAGAGAAGCCAUUCUAAAAGUUCAUGUUUCCAAGAAAGAACUUCCUCUAGGAGAAGAUGUUAAUCUCAGUGAUAUUGCAUCUAUGACCACUAGCUUCACCGGGGCAGACCUAGCAAAUUUAGUGAAUGAAGCUGCUUUGUUAGCUGGAAGACAAAAUAAAGUUGUCGUGGAGAAAAUUGAUUUUGUUCAUGCAGUAGAGCGGUCAAUAGCUGGCAUAGAAAAGAAGACCACCAAGUUGCAGGGAAGUGAGAAGGCUGUUGUUGCACGGCAUGAAGCUGGUCAUGCAGUAGUGGGAACUGCUGUUGCUAAUCUUCUUUGUGGACAGCCACGUGUUGAGAAGUUGAGCAUAUUGCCAAGAUCAGGAGGGGCAUUGGGUUUUACAUAUACUCCUCCCACCAAUGAGGAUCGAUAUUUGCUGUUCAUUGAUGAGUUACGUGGGCGCUUGGUUACUCUUCUUGGAGGACGUGCUGCAGAAGAAGUUGUAUAUUCUGGCCGUGUAUCGACAGGUGCACUUGAUGAUAUCCGGCGAGCAACUGACAUGGCAUACAAAGCAGUAGCUGAAUAUGGUCUUAAUCAGACCAUAGGCCCAGUGUCCUUAGCAACACUUUCUGGGGGUGGGAUCGAUGAGUCAGGGGGGUCCAUGCCUUGGGGAAGGGAUCAGGGGCAUCUUGUUGAUCUUGUUCAAAGAGAGGUGAAAGUACUGCUGCAAUCUGCACUUGAUGUAGCACUCUCUGUUGUGCGUGCUAACCCUACUGUUUUGGAGGGGCUUGGAGCUCAUUUGGAAGAAAAUGAGAAAGUGGAAGGUGAGGAGCUACAAGAAUGGUUGAAGAUGGUUGUUGCACCUGCAGAGCUUACAAUCUUCAUUAGAGGCAAGCAAGAACCUAUUCACCCACUGCAAAUAGGAUCUGGAUGAUGCUACUGCAUACAUUACUUUCAGUGUGCAUUGAAACAUCGGUGGGGUAUGGAGUUCCAUUUUAGUCAGUAUCUCCACACUGUUUUGAAAGAUGAACUUCUCAUUCACUCCAACAUACCCUUAUCAAUGUAUAUUCCAUCAAAGGAGAUGUUGGGGUUUGUCUUAACAUCUGCCACCCGGUUCUCUCUUCUUCCUCGUAAUACAAAGGUUUAAAACCUGAAAAAAGAAAAGAAAAAAAAAAAAAAAAAGGAAAGAAGGGGAGGAACAGCUCUAGAGUCAAUACUACGUGAGCUUUGUCAAGUCUCCCACCAUUUUAACAUCUAAUGAAAGUCAAUACUACUUUACCCAA